CUGCCUGCUGACCAGACUCUGAGGAAAAGUCCAUCUGACUUUGCUGAUGUAUUCGGUGAAUCAGAUGGAUCUCCAGAGGUAGGAAUAUUUCACACACACACACACACACACACACACACACACACACACACACACACACACACACGCACACACACGCACACACACACACAUACUACCAAAUACCGAAUAUCCACAUUAUCGUUUUUUGCUUGACAGGGUUUUGCAUAAUGACAAUUAUUUUCAACUGCGUUCACAAAUGUCAUUAACUGCGUUUUGCCAUUAAAAUUUUUAACCAUCAGAUCUCGACAGUCUUUUAGUUUGACGUAACAUCAACGUCUUGUCAUUUCCCCUCCACCAGUUCCCACAAAUUUCCUUUGUUCAGAAAAAAGCAACAACAAAUUCAUUUUAGUACUUUCGUUUUACAUUUUUAGACCAUUCAUAGGCUGUAUAGAUCUACCUCUUGAUUAUUUUUUGACAGCAAGCGGAAGAUUCUCUGUGAAUCAAAACACAUAUUUUGUCAGCAGACUGACUUUGUUUCGCUUCUCAUCCUUCCUUCAUAACCGCGCUAUGCAGUAACACCGUUGUGAUACAUGGGACAUGUACUGUAUAUUGUUGUUGUUGGUGAUUGGGUUCAAUACUGUAUUACACGAAGCCAUUUUUUUGCCAUUAUGAUAUGCACCAACAUUACACUUAACUGUUAGACCGGAGUUCAAUGUAUCAGUGGAGGCAAGGGCGUGUCUCAUGCUUUAUUUAUCAUCGACAAAAAAAUAUUCUAAUACCUCUUGCUAAUUUGUGUUGUAAUGUUUCUACUGUUUUUUUAUGUAAAUGCAUUCAUAAAGGCUGGUUCGUCUUUCAUAAUUUUGUGAUUGAAAAAUCCUUCAGUAAAGCCAUCACACUUAAGCUGACAACUAUUACAAUUACGUAGCUCUAUCAUAUGACUGUUGCUGUGCUGACAAAUAGCGAUUGUCUCAACUGUAGACGCACAUGAUGUGGCCCUGGACAGGUUGUGUGUAUGUUUUAUUACAUUAAACUCCUGUUGUUGCAGGCAGAUUAACCCUGUUUACUACAGAGCUAUAGUCAACAUGAAGGGAACGAGAAAGAGGAAAUUAAGUUAACUUUAACUCCAUACUGAUUUUCUAAAAAAUGAUUUAAAAAUGAACACUAUCAAUCUGUCCGUAAAGUAAUGCACGAGAUAAGUUGUGCUAGAAGCACAAAGGAAAACGUUACGAAAUGUAAUCAAGACAGCGUAAACCACACCCGACUGAAUCCUUUAGUUUACGUUGAUGAGCAAGCCAGCUAGCACAUACUAAAAUACAACAAGACAGUAACCUUAUACCCUCCUCAAUGGAAAGGAUGCUGCUCAGGUCUCCCACCAGCUAACACUAUAGCUUACAACACACAUUUACGUGUUUUAAGAUCUGAUGCCUGUUUAUCCAGUAUUAUGUGGUACCCCGUUUGAAGUAUACUUUACAAAGUAGAACUUCAAAGACUCGGGCAAUUAAGACCUCGUUAUUCCUCUUCAUGUACAUGCGCUCAGGUUUUGGGGUUGGGUUUUGGAUAUAUUCUGAUGAGGAAAUUGUAUGCAGUGCAAAUUCAAGACUGGUUGCAUUGUAAUGCAACAACAUAUCCUUAUUAAUAAAUAGUAAAUUUUUAUUAGGAAUGAAAAGAUAUUUUUUUCCAUGUGAAUGUUGGUACAGCAGUGGAACUACACUUUCAUGAGCAUGCCAGCUCUUUAAGAUUUAAUAACACAUUCCAUAACAGCACACUUAAUUAUGGUUCGAUAUAUAUAUAUAUAUAUAGCCCUCAUUGUGCAACUUUAUCCUUUUACACCUCGACUCUAGAUUACUGCUUCUGUUCAUCUCUCCAAUACUUUUUUGCAUUCACUUUAUCUGUGGUUCCCACGUCUAUGACAUUCUUACUUGACUGCAGUAAUAUUUCUCUUCUGUAGCAAGAGUUAAAAUGAUUCAGGCCAUCAGAAAGACGGUUGAUUUGCAAUUUGGCCUGUCUGUCUUUUUGUUGCGAAAUGAUGCGUUUAUUAUCUACAGUAAAAGAAACAAUAUUUGUUGACUUAAAUAACUAUUCGCUUUUUCAGAUUUUGGCUUGAAUUUAUGUCAAAAUAUGAUACGAACAAGAACAUAGUUAGUGUGAAAACAUUUACUGUUGACCAUAACGUGCAGCGAUUAAAUUGAACUCAGAGUGUCGCUAUUCACCAAGCAGAGGAAACACGCAUCCACCCCUUGCUCGUGCUUUGUUACUCUUGUUCUUCUCCUUGUCAAAUUGUACCCUUGGAUGUGCUUUGGUCAGGCAUUAGCUUCAAAUACAGUUUGCAAGUGCAACUGUUGUUUUAUUACGUUAUACUGAACCGCACAGAUAAUCGCAAGGGGAUAAAUAACACCAUUCAAAGUCAACGAGUGGAUUUUCGCUUUUGUCUCAAAAUGGCACACAAUGGAUAUUCAGCGUCUGGCCUGCUUUGCGGGUUUGCUUGCUUUCUUCAGCUGCUUCACACCGUCAAUGGAGACAUAAGCUUUUCUGUUGCCGAGGAAAUGAAACCCGGAUCUGUCAUAGGAAAUAUAGCAAAGGACCUCGGGUUGAACGUGGGGAAAUUAUCUUCUCGAAAGGCCCGCAUUGACAGCGAUCUGAACCGUGAACGGUACUGUGACAUUAAUCUUAACACUGGAGAUUUGAUUGUUGCUGAACGAAUUGACAGAGAGGCGCUUUGCGGCGAAAAGGCAUCGUGUAUUCUGGAAUUUGAGUUAAUCUUAGAGGCACCUCUGGAGUUGCACCGUAUUUCACUACAAAUACACGAUAUAAACGACAACCCGCCUGUUUUCUCUAAAGACGAAAUCAAGAUAGAAAUCAAUGAAUUGGCUGUAAAAGGAUCUCGCUUUCGUGUUUUGGAGGCACACGAUAUAGAUAUCGGGCAAAACACUGUUCAAAGCUAUGCGUUACAGCCAAACAAUUAUUUAGUGUUGAAAAUUGAGUCAGAAUCAGAUGGGGGUAAAUUUGCAGAGCUAGUGUUGAAUAAGGAAUUAGACCGCGAAGAUCAGCAGGAAUUGAGAUUAUUGCUCACUGCUCUAGAUGGAGGCAGUCCUCAAAGAACUGGCACUGUAACUGUGCAUGUGACUGUACUGGAUGCUAAUGAUAACGUUCCAGUGUUUAGUCAGACAGUGUAUAAAGCCAGUCUGCCUGAAAACUCGCCUCUUGACACUGUAGUGGUUACAGUGGCUGCAACUGACGCAGAUGAAGGUCUAAAUGGAGAGGUGACUUAUGAAUUAAGUCGUAUUUCAGAAACUAGCAGAAGAGCAUUUGCUUUGAAUCACAAAACAGGAGAACUUAAAGUAAUAGGGCCUUUGGAUUUCGAGAAAGAAUCGAUAUAUGAAAUGCGUGUAGCCGCCAAAGAUGGAUAUGGCCUAACCUCAGAUUCCAAAGUGAUAAUUGAAAUCUCCGAUGUUAAUGAUAACCCACCUGAAAUCACUCUAAAAUCUCUUAAUAACCCCAUACCUGAGAACGUAUCACCUGGUACAGAGGUGGGCAUCAUCAACGUGCAGGAUAGA